AUCUUGUAGAAUCGACUAAUUUCUGUUAAGGAAAUCACGUAACCCUUACCACCGUUUACGCAUCCUUAUUCCUCCCUUCUAACCCUCCACUUCCUCUUUCCUUUCUCCUUCUUCUUGAAGAACAGUCAAAUUGACAAGUGGUGAAUUCUCCGUAUCGAGGAUUCGGUUGAAGAGCAAAAUGAAAUUAAAAGGCACGGUUAAACGGAAUCGUGGACCUUUUAGCGUUACCUCCAAAUCAAAGACUUCGCCGAUGAUUUCGAAUGUUCAUGUAGUUACAGAGAAUGUGCUGCUGCCGGUAACAAAGACGAUCUUCACGAAAUGCCAUAGUGAAACGAAUCGUUCGAAACGGCGCGUGAAACUCGUCAAGCCGAGCCAAUCUAACGAUAACGUAAUCGGACCUUUGUUAAAACCGCCGUCUAAUGUACCAGGGAAGACAUAUGCGAGUACGCUGCUCCGGGUCGAACAGAGCGACAGUGGAUGGAAUAGCAGAGAAAAGAAGUUCCUUACAAAUGAUCGUUCCAAACCAAAGGAGAGUCAAAGGGAGCAACAGAGAACGGAAUUACCGUUUCCCUGUCCAAUUUUGAUUCAGCCUGUAACAGUAACACGUACGGCUGUAUCACCGAACAAAAGUAUCAAGAAAUCUCCCAAAUUAAUAGAACGAAAAGAAAGCCAGAAUCAGAGCAACGGAGAAACUUCAAAGAAAUCUUUGGAUCUGUUGGCUCUGUCGAACACAUCGACUACAAACACGACAGCGUCCAGCAAUAUUUUCUCCAGAUAUUCUUUGAUCUCUUAUUGCGAUUCCGCGUUAAUGAAGAUCGCUCUGAUCGAUCAAGUAAAGCAGACGUUAUCCAGUAACGUUAUCGAUCGGAUAAAAGAACCGUCGCGAUGUUUAGUCGACUCGUCGACGUCCAACGGCUUCCUGGAGGCGAUGAAGCACCAGGCAGCAGCGUUACAAUUGUCCAAGCUCGUAAAAGAACCGUCGCGAUGUCUGAUCGAUUCGUCGACGUCCAACAGCUUCCUGGAGACGAUGAAGCAUCAGGCAGCAGCGUUACAAUUGUCCAAGCACAGUCCUCAAAAUUUGCGGAGGAAUACAGCGGAUCGUUCAACCUUCACCUUGCUCGUGGAAGAUCAAUCUCGAUGGCGUUGCGAGGAUACGUAUUCAUCUAGAAAGGAACACCCCUGCAAGAUAAAGUACUCGUGGCAAGUGGUCGGUAAAGGUUCGCAAACGUCGCGCACGCUUUUGGAAAGUAUAAUCAAAGCGAACAGCUUCGACGACGAAUCGAUCCACCAGUGCGCUAUCAAAUAUUCUUGGCAAAUCAUAGGGAUGUCUACGCAAACUUCUAAAAGGGAUUUUGCGAUUGCAGAAGGUCAUCCCAUCGCCUCGUUUUCACUCGCUAAAAUAAAACGGCCUCGUGGCAAUAUUAUGAAGGCAAGCGAGCCUGCGCAAACCGUUACCGUCUGGCGAAAUGGCAAAAGAUUCAUCUUACUGAAUAAUCAGUGCACGCAAACGAUCGCCCAUAAGACGAAUCAAACUACUUUCCUUGAAAUUCAUAAAAAAAGUUAUUGAAUGAUGAGA